CUAAUUCGGUCAAAAAAUUAUUGUAAACAUAAACAAAAAAAGAAUUCAUCACAAAAAUCAAUUUUUAAAUUAAAUUAAGAACUUUCAAUAAUUUUUAUAGAACAAGCUAGCCAACAAUUCCACCAAAAACAGCGAACAAAUUCAAAAACUCCACAAAAGUUCCUAAGAACCUCACAAAAAAAUGGAAACAGAAGACAUUAAGGAUGUCAAAUUAAUUUAUCACGCCAUCGAGCCAGUUCGGAAGAUUAAUCAAGCAACUCACAAAACAGUCGUUGUGGUUGGAAAAGAGCACUUUCUCAUGUGUAAGCAACUUAUGCAAGAUAAUGCUGCAGACGAUGACUUUGCUGUCCUCCUCAACAUUCCACCCCACAAAGUUCGAUAUUUUAAACAUAAAAUGCAGCUUUUUGAGGAUAAAAUCAGAGCGAGAAGACGAGCAGCUAAGCUAAACAAGCGCAGGAGACGACGAAGAAAGACAAAACCGGAAGCAAACAUCAAUAGAUAUGUCAGGAAGAAGGAAAUGUCUGCCGAAGAACGAUUUAAAUAUGCCAGAGAAUUAAUUCUUGAAAAUUAUUCAACCAGUGAAAUAUCAAAAGUAUUGAGAGUCAGUGAACGUAGUGUAACUCGAUUUCGGAAGCGACUAAAGGAACAAAAGAAGAAAUUACAGGAAGAAGGCAAGCUGGAAGUCGAUCCAGAGGAGGAGCAAGAAGAAUACAAAUUUAAAUUUCUCAGUGCUGAUGUGAAGGCUGAAAAAAUUGCAGAAUUAUAUGCGAAAGGCAUGGCAGCGACAGAGAUUGCAGAGGAACUGAAAAUUAGCGACAGAAGUGUCAGGAGAUGGAAAAUUCGACUGGACGAGAUGAAAAAGAAUCCGGAAAAGUAUAAAAAGCAAAUGAAGAAGGAGAAAAAGGAGGAACAACCACGACCGGAGCCUAAGAAGCAGUACUUAAAGUCGCUGGAUCGUGACAUUAUUGAUCGUGCCAAAGCCUCAUUUGAACGUGGCGAUACCAACAAGGAUAUGUGCGCUUUACUUGACUUACCAAUGAACACAAUUAAGAAACUCACUAAAAUGAUCUCAAAUGGAACCAUUGAUACAUUAAUUGAUGACACUUUGGAACUAUUAGCAGCUAAAGGGCGUGGUAAGCUUGUUAAGCCAGAAGAUAUACCCAAAAAGAGAAUAAAAGUUGAGCCGAGAGUUGUGAAAAAAGAAUUAGAAAUUAAAAAGGAGGUGAGAAAAGUAAACAAGAAAGUCGUCGAUGAUGAUGAUGACUUCUGGAAUGAUGAUCCUUGGAACGAUGACGACGAUGAUGAUGACGAUGAUGACGAAGAUGAUAGCAGUGAUGAUGACAAUUUACCACUUUCGAGACUGAAACGAGACAGCUUUGAUGAUAGCUUUAGUCCAGAGAAAGUGAAAGAGGAUAGAGUUGUUGUGCAUGAUGUUGACGAUGCAGAUCCUCUCGACCCACUCUCGUGUGUCAUCAUUGAAGAAUCGCCAACAAAACCAAAAACAAUUAGCCGUGAAGUUCCAAGAAAACCAAAAACAACCCUCGGUAAACGUGAAAUUUGCAUUGCAAAAUGCCUACGCGAGAAAGAAAUCCGAACGAUGGACAUUGCGAUGUUGAUGAACAUCAGUGAAAGGUCAGCAUCGAGAUUAAUCCAUAAAGGAAAGGAUCUAGCGGAAGAGGAUAUAGAUCAAGAGAUAUUGGAUCAUGUAGAUAAUUUGAUUGAGAACCGAGAAGAGAUGAUUGGAAAGAGACCAGCACCAGCAGUACAAGUUGUGCAUGAGCCCAAAGUUCAGGAUGAUUCGAAGAAAAAGACUGCAUUUAGAAUGUUGGCGAUGAAUGUUCGGCCAAAAGACAUCGCAAAGAUCCUCAACGUCUCAGAAUCAACAGUUAAAAGAUGGAAAGAGAAAAUGGAAACAGAAAACACGCCCGGAGCACAUGAGAUAUUCAGUAAUUUGUUUGCAAUCAAGACAGAGCCUCUGUAUGGAGAGGAAGAUGAUGGCAUAUAUUGAGCUGUUUUGUAGCUUCUGUGAGAUAUUUUAAAGGCAGACGAACAAGUUUAAGAAAAAGAAUUUCAAAAAGUGACACCGGUUUAAUAUUUAAAUUGUAGAUAAAAACUUUUGAGAUUAAAAAAAU